UGGCAGAUCCCAGUGCGGGAGCGGUUUUGCAGUCUCUGUAGGCUAGAGUUGUAUUAGUUUUUGAUUUUUUUUUUUUCUUGAUGUAAGCGAGCGCGAUCUCUAUCAAACAGAUAGUGUCUGCUUGAAAGUGGAUCCCUGCAUAACAUUUGCUACUGCACUUGUUGCGCUUUCCCAGCGUCAAGCCCGUCUGGAAGUUUCCAGGCGCACAGAACAUGGGUAGACCUGAGCGAAGAGAUCAGGUCCCGUGUUGGAGUCCCAGAUUGUUCAUCUACGAGAAAUUAUAGUAAUUUCAGUGAGUUUUUUUGAGGAGGAGAUGUGGGGAUACACGUGCAGUCAGUUUUAAAUUUACGAGCGGCGAGGUUGCUUUAUAUUGGCUGCUUUUCCCUUUUGGUCUUUUCAUCAGCUAGAAGUCCUUUAUGAUGUCACUAUACGUACAUACAGAUUAUCACUUAGUUUCUAGUCUUAGUCCUUCCCUUCUCUUCUGUCCACUCUUUGUCUAAGCCUCUUAUCCUGUCUUUUCCCCUUAAGGUUUUCAGAUAUUAUCAUGAAGUGAAAACUCCAGUUUCUUACUUUGAAUUCAGAAGAUCAUCAACUACAUUCCUAUUCAGAUAUUUAGAACUCUCCUCAUGAACAUUGGUUAGAGACAUCAACACUCCUCUCUAUGGCAGAAGAGGAUGAGUUGUACUGAAAGUACAGAAACAUUCUCAGUGCUGAAACUUUUGUGCUGGAGAAAUGUCUUCAGAGUCAGAAAAGGAUAAAGAGAGGCUGGUGCAAGCUGCCAAAACAUUUUUCUUUCACAUGCAAGAUCUUGUUGCCUUCACUAACACACUUAUAGAAUCGUUUAACAGCACUAUGAAUGCCCAGAUCCACUCCCUGGCUGUGAAGGAAGAUGCUAACGUUAAGGAUGUCUUUGAACAACUAUUCACAAUCUUUAAGGAGUUACAGUGUGUCCUGGAGGCAAAGUACGACCAGAUGCAAAAGGAACCUUUAUGUUCCAAGAUUGCGACAGCGAUUUGCUCUAUGGUUGAGAAGAGUGCCAAUGUCAAGGAGCUGCAGCAGUCAGCUAGAGAAAUGUUCAAGAAUGUUCACACACCAGUCAUCGUUGCUGCACUGAAUAGCAGUAACAUUCUUGGCACUUUGGAAUCUUCUCUUUCACUCUUGAUGACAUGUCCUAUCAUGAAACUUCAGUUAAGUGACCUCUAUCAAAAAGACACUGAAGGGGCCAACACCUCAGAGAAAAACCAAGGUCCGGGUCCCUCCAAAAUCGGUACAGCAGACAUCUUGAAAAAAUUGCAGGAUGUGUUAAAAGCUGAACAUUUCAAGAAUACCAUGGAGUCAGUUGUAAAUCAGUUGGAGCAAAUUGUCAGAACUCUGGCACCAAUCUUAGAGAUCCUCCAAAAAGCCAUAAAUAUUAUGGAAUCCAAGAUUCCCGUGCCCUAGAAAACCAAUGACCAGUAGGAAUGCAACAGAGGGGCUCAUUUCUGUCAGAACAUCAGUUCAGGUCCUGAGAAUUUUGACAGUAUGUUCUAAGACCUUUGCUGCCAGAAAGGUGUUAUAUUAGGAUGUAAGUGCAGAAAGUAGUCACCUGGAAGACCAUUUACCUCAAGUUUUGCUUUAUUCAAAUAAAACUAAUCAAAGAAAGCCUGCUUGUCAUGGAAGUUACUAAAAAUAACAUGUUGUUCAGAAAAUCAAGGUAGUGUAUUAC